AUGGCCAGGGCUUUCACUCUAAAUUAUUCCGGCUCUUUUUACGUUUUUCAGAUCUCUCACACAAAUUUUUCUGUGGAUGAUAAGUGGAACCUGCAGCCGGAGAGGGUGUACAGGAUGCACCAGGGCCCCGAGUCCAUGCACGUGGCGCUGAUCUGGAUCUUCCUCUCCGCCUCGGUCACUGCUCAGAUUGUGCUGGUGCGGUGGGGACAGAGGCACGGCCGGUCCUACAACUUGGUGGGGCGGUUGCAGAUGUGGGUUGUCCCUUUGUAUUUCACAAUAAAACUUUACUGGUGGCGGUUUCUGUCAAUGUGGGACAUGUUCUCGGUUAUUACCAGUUACAUCCUCUCCAGAGCUGCCCGAAAGCCCCUCUCCGGGAGAACACCGCGUUUGGUCUACAAAUGGUUCCUUCUAAUCUACAAACUCAGCUAUGCAUUUGGUGUUGAGGUUAAUUUGGCUAUCAUAUUUACAAUGAGUGGACUCCAUUUAUUUUUCAAAAUCAAGGCUAGGGAUUCCGUGGAUUUUGGCACUGUGUCUCUGUGUUAUGGCUUCUACUAUGGCAUAAUGGGGAGAGAUUUUGCAGAGAUCUGCUCAGAAUACAUGGCUUCUCCAUAGGGGCUUUUAUUCUUUUUCUACAGCAUCAGCAGGAUGCCCACACGGAGCUUGUCCGACAGCAUCUGCUGUGGACAGAACAUCCCCGUGGAGCUGGAUGAAGAAAGGCUGAGUGAAGACAUCCACCAGCUUUCCUGCAACCAUGACUUUCAUGAACUCUGCAUCCAAGGUUAGUGCAUUGUUGGUAAAAAGCAGACUUGCCCAUACUGCAAAGAGAAGGUUGAUUUGAAGAGGAUGAUCAGUAACCCCUGGGAGCGCAUGCACAUUUUUCACGGACAAAUCCUGGAUUGGCUUCGUUAUUGGGUGGCCUGGCAACCCAUGGUGAUGGGAAGAGUUCAAGGCAUUCACUACUCACUAGGGCUGGAAUAA